AUGCAGUCCUCGAAGCAGCCUCCUCGCCUCAAAUCCCUGAACUGGGAACCUCAAUCGUCCCUCUGUGUCUUCAUCCGCAAUUUGAAACUGUUGCAACUCGACCUGCAGCCUGACUGGCCCGACAUUACCACCCACUCGCUCUCCCCUUCGUCGCAGAACCAGCGACAGCGCAUCAAAGCAGUCGAAUGGGCAUUAUACCAUCUGGUAGCUCUCUGGGAUCUGAAAACGGCUCAAGAUAAACUCCGUCCCUUCUUCCCUCCACUAGAGCCACUACAAUCGGUCAAUCUACGCGCAGCGUUAUCUCGAGUUCUCACCGAUCUGAAAAAGAAUGGCGAUCUGGGCCGAGAAACGAUUUUUCGCAAGUCCAUGCUGGACGACUGCAAAGGGGACAAAUUUGACGAGCUCCUCGCCGUCUUCUCCACUGCCGUGUUGCGCAAGGUCCUAAACUCGUCGGUGGAUGGAUGGCCAAAUCGUGCUACUCGACUGUCUAUGGCAAAGGCAAUCACUCCAGAUGACUAUCAAUUGAUGGUACCGCUGAUUCUCGCUCACCGCGGCUCCUUGGCCACGAUGGGCGAGCGUCGCUCUCGGAUUAUGGACAUUCAUGAACAGUUUUCUCAGCUACUAGCGGUUAAAAAAGCCCAGCUUGAGAAGCAGUCCAAGGGGAAACACCACGAGGAACUGAAGGAGACUGGCAACAUCGAUGUGCUAGCUCGCGAAAUCAAAGAGAAUUGGAUGGGGAGCGAGGAGUGGGCCGAUACUCUGCUCUUUGGCGGUGCUCGCAGUAGCAACGAUGCCUUUUUGGAGCUGCCAUUUGAAGCAGCAUGGACCAAGGUAAACAGAACGACCGUAGAAGACCUGACAGUCAGUGCAACACCAGAUCUACUGGUUGACUUGGAAUCGCGUAUCUCACGCCAGAAAGCGCGUCUGCAGAAAUGGCGCGAAUACAGUGCCGCUAUGCAAAAGAAAGAUAGCGCUGGGCACCGAGCGUCGGGUUCCUCGACGGCUACGAUGCCAUUGCUAUUUAGAGACCACCAGGCUCUCACCGUCGCAAGCAUCUCAAAGGCCGUCCGACAGCCACUCGCUCGUGCCUCUACGAAACAGAAAGACCAAUCUCUGCUCCGGUCGAUGAAUGAAGCCCUAUCGCGAAUAGACGGCAAAUCUCGACCUUCCGGGCGAGCCGCUCCCCCGCUGCGUGUACCUGCGGCGGAAGCGACUGUCAGAGCCUCUCCUGAGGCUGAACAAGUUGAGCCGACAAGGCCCCGGUCAAUGCAUCGGCCAAGCCCUCCUCUCAACGACGAAGCGGAGCAUGCGCCAGACAAUAAUACACUUCCGCCAAAGGAUCCAGUCGUCCAAAUCUCCCCGGAAGCAGACGAGCAAGACAAGCACGACCCGCGCCUCAAUACAUUCACCCUCGUCGAACGCACCCGCAAGUCCAUGUCCUUGCUCCCGCCCCCUCCCAGCCGGCCCCGGGAACCUCGUCGUUCUCGCACAGUGCGCGCCUCCUUCCCCGCCAACCAAUUUGAGACGCCCGAGAAACAGUCGCAGUCGCGGGCGCGGGCUUCGACACCGCGCGACGAACUCUUCGAGGAGGAGGCGGACUACAGCAGCGUAUUCAAAUCGCGGCCGCGCGUUGCGCACAGCCCUAUCGCGUCUCCGGCGGUGCAUGUGAACCCCCUGGGGGCGUUUGAUCUAGAGGCGGAUGGGGAGUCGGUUGCAGAUCUGGAAGAGAUGGAUUUUAUAGCUUCCCCGUCUAUGCGACGACGCAGGAUAUGA